CUGACCAUCUACCUGGGAAAGCGAGACUUCAUUGACAACAUAGGGAAUGUGGAACCUGUGGUCUUGAUUUUUCCCUUUCUUUCAGAUGGUGUUGUAUUGGUGGAUCCUGCUAUUAUCAAGGGGAAAAAAGGUUUGAGGUUUUUUGCAGUGUAUGUCUCAGAAGUUGUUUGUCUUUCUGAGUGGGAUGCUAAGGUAGAACCUUUUUAAUCUUUUAAGGGUACAAAUGUAACUCUCUUCCCCUGUGAAUGGGCUUCUUAUCAAUGCAAUGUUGUUACACGUGGGAUGAGUACUCACUGGGUUAUGCAAGUGUUGAAAUGAAUUUCCAUGUCUCCUUGAGGCAGGAGAUGUGUGGCUUCACUGUCUCCCUGCUGCAUGUUUCACCUGUCCCGUGCUUCUCCGCAGUGUUUGUGUCCCUGACCUGCGCGUUCCGCUAUGGCCAGGAAGACAUUGAUGUGAUUGGCCUCACCUUCCGCCGGGACCUGUUCUUCUCCAGGGUCCAGGUGUACCCUCCUGCUGACAAGCCAGAGUCUCUCACUCUCUUGCAGGAAUCUCUGCUAAAAAAGCUGGGGAAAAAUGCUUAUCCCUUUUUUUUUACAUUUCCAGAUUACCUGCCUUGCUCAGUCUGUCUGCAGCCUGCACCUCGUGAUGUUGAUAAGACUUGUGGGGUGGACUUUGAGGUGAAAGCUUUCUCAACAGAAAAUGUGGAAGAGAGAGUUCAUAGGAGGAACUCUGCACGCCUGCUGAUCCGUAAGGUGCAGUAUGCUCCGGAGAAGCCAGGACCCCAGCCUUGUGCAGAGACCACCUGGCAGUUCUUCAUGUCCAACAAGCCCCUGCACCUGAAAGCUUGCCUCAGUAAAGAGGUAUACUACCAUGGUGAGCCCAUUCCAGUCACUGUCACCAUCAACAACAGCACAGAGAAAACAGUGAAGAAGAUCAAAGUCCAGGUGGAGCAGGUGGCCAAUGUGGUGCUGUACUCCAGUGACUUCUAUACCAAAGUGGUGGCUACUGAGGAAGCACAGGAGAAGGUGCAGCCAAACAGCAGCCUGACCAAGACACUGACACUUUUGCCCUUGCUUGCAAAUAACCGGGAGACACGGGAAAUAGCUCUGGAUGGAAAAUUGAAGGAUGAGGACACCAACUUGGCUUCUAGUACUAUCAUUAAGGAUGGAAUAGACAAGACAGUGAUGGGGAUUCUGGUUUCCUACAAAGUCAAAGUGAAGCUCACUGUUCCAGGCAUGCUGGGAGACCUCACUUCCAGUGAAGUGGGCACAGAGCUGCCAUUUCGUCUCAUGCACCCUAAACCUGAGGAAAAGAACCCAGCAGUGAAGCAGAGCUGGUAUUUGAGGAGUUUGCUCGUCAGCAGCUAAAAAAUACACCUGAUGAAGAGGACAAGAAUUCACCCUCAACUGAUGAGUGAUUAAAAGAACAGGCUGACAGAGGAGCUCUGUUGUCUGGCUUCAAUUACAAAUGUAGGACCUAAGUUUCUAGUAAUCUGCACGUUCUCAGUUCAUGCAUGGUCUUCCAGGGAUCAGCCCUGAGGUCAGUGGACAUGACAUCAGGAAUCUCCAUUGCUUAUUACAAGAUUCACCUCUGGAGGAAUGCAGCAAACAAAACACCUGGUUCUUACUCGAGCUAGCAGAGGAGGACAGGAUGUCUGCCAUGUCAUGACUUCUGCUUUCAGGACUGCCUAAUAAAAAGUUUGGUCUCUUUCAGCACUGGUGAGAGCUUAAAUGAGGGUUUAUGCAGCCUGUCUGGACUUAUUCAGUGUCAGAGUCUGUGACUUUGAAGUGCCAGUGAACCAAAUCCUAGCCUGGAAGGCUGGCUUGCAGCCACGAGUGAUUCAUCAAAGUUUCUCAGCAGACUGUACAAAACUGAUUUUAUUUCCUUUAGGUUGCUUUUGCGUUGAUGCUUUACCAAAUUCAGCCAGUGAUUGUUUUCAGUACUUGAACUGUCCCCGUGUGGCUUUUACAUCCACUUUCUGUACCGGUAAAUAUCUUGCAAGUUGUCUCCCACAGCAUGCACAAUGCUGAUACACAGUAUUAGCUUUCUAGCAAUAUAUUUAAUAACCAUGUUAUUAAAGUUGAGAUAAAUGUGCACUGUCCAUGAA